GCAGAAACACCAAAUGUUCUCACAUCUGUGCUGCUCCAAAUCCUGCUGUAUCUCUCAGCAGCUUACAGUGUGUUGUACUUCCUGUCCACCUUCUCCAUGAUCAUCUAGAAGACAAGGUCGCUUGGCUGCCCAAAUCCCGCCGUGUUUGGAGCAAAGUUCACGUCUGUGAGAAAACAGAUUGAGAUGGAGCCUUGAAGAAGAGUUUGCCUCAGGAAUUUCUGGAAACGGGAGGAAUUAUCUGCGAACUGAAGAACGGGACCGUAGAUUCUCUCUGCUGAGGGGUGAAUGUCGUAGAACAUGAAUGCUUUGAGGACCCCAACAAAACCAAGCAAUGGGGUGGCCAGAUCGGACAGCAAGAUCAGUGCCAAAACCCUGUUUGAGCAACGAAAGAAGUACUCAAACUCGAACGUCAUCAUGCAAGAGACGUCGCAAUACCAUGUGCAGCAUCUCUCUACAUUCGUCAUGGAUAAAUCAGAGUCCAUUGCUACAGUAGAUGACGCGAUCAAGAAGCUGAAGCUGCUGGACUCCAAAGACAAAAUCUGGACACAGGAAAUGCUGCUGCAGGUGACGGACAAAUCCAUCAAACUCCUGGACUGCGAGACCAAGGAAGAGCUUGAAAUCUUUCCUUUGGCCACAGUCCAUCAUUGUCAGACGUUGUUGAACCAGACCAGAUAUCCGUCCGUCCUUCUACUCGUCUGUCAGGACUAUGAACAACACAAACCAGACAUUCACUUCUUCUACUGCGACGAAGUGGAGGCCGAGAUGGUGCACGCUGACAUUGAUAGCGCUCUGGGAGACAACACACGCGGCAAGAAGACGCGACCGCAGACGCUAAAGAUGAACCAAGAAAAGAUGAAACACCAACGAGAGAGCAUCAUCCCGGCCUCUGAGCCUAGAAGUCCUGGCCCUGGGGGCAAAGGUCGCGUAGCAGCUACGGACAUGAAAGAUGAACUAUCGAUGCAGGACCCCGAGUCCAAUAUGAAACUGGCCCAGCGGAUCGAAAAGGACGUGCAAAUCCUGAACUGCACUCUAGAUGACAUCGAGAUCUUUGUUGCACGUCUUCAUAAAGCGGCAGAGGCUUUCGCGCAACUCAACCAGCGCAACAGGAGCAAGAAAAACAAAAAGAGAGGACCGGCAGAGGGAAUGCUAACUCUACGAGCUAAACCUCCAUCAGAAGGCGAGUUUAUCGACUGUCUUCAGAAGCUGAAACUCUCUUUCAAUCUGCUGGGCAAACUGAAGAAACACAUCCAGAACCCCACAGCUGCAGAGCUUGUGCACUUCCUGUUUGGACCUCUGGAACUGAUACUGCAGAAUUGUGGCAGUCCCGAGCUGCCGCGUUCGGUCAUCUCUCCUCACCUGUCCCGGGACACAGUGGACUUCCUGAGAGGACACCUGACUCCCAAAGAGAUGACCAUCUUUGAGCUGCUGGGAGACGGUUGGACGCGGCCCAGAGCUGAUUGGCCGAAAGAGCAGUGCGCUCCUCUGUACGUCCCAAAGUUCCGGAACGGCUGGGAGCCGCCGCUGGAACUGUUCCGCUCGUCGCCGUGGGAGACGGAGACCGCCGGAGCUCCAGUGCAGACAGAAUACAGGCCCAAAGAGUUCUUUGGAUCACAGUCAUCGCUGUCUUCAAACGGGUCUUUCUCAACGUCUCCCCCUUCUCGCAAGUAUGCAAAGAUCCGCUACCACUUCGUGGCGCGUAAUGUAAACGAGCUGUCGGUGCUUCAGGACGAAAUUCUGGAGGUGUUGGAGGAUGAUAAGCAGUGGUGGAAGUUGAGGAACCGAAGCGGACAGGCGGGAUACGUGCCCUAUAACAUCCUGGAUGUGGUAAAACUGGAGGACCCUCAAACUAUGAUUGACCCGCCAUACAGUCCAGGAAUACCUUACAGUCAGCCAUACCGAGGACAGUCGCCCUCCAGCUCACAGGGCAGUGACAAAGACAGUCACUUUUACCAGAUGGAUAAAGUGAACGAUGAGCUGCUCAUGUUGAUCAGCGGAAAUAAGGUUCAACAGCCCACGAGGAACUUUAAGGUGGUGCGUCAGUCUACCGUCCCGCUGGCCUUUGACUCCAGCCCGGCCGAGGUCACCACCUGGCUCAAUGCCAAGGGCUUCUCCAAACCGACAGUGGAGCGUCUGGGCAUCCUGACCGGCGCUCAGCUCUUCUCUCUGAAUAAAGAUCAUCUGAAGACUGUGUGUGGAGACGAGGGAUCUCGCGUCUACAGCCAGAUCACCGUCCAGAAAUCACAACUAGAGAAGAGUCGAGGAGAUACGGAAUUACAGGAGAUUCUGAAUAAACAGCAAGAGAAAAUAUCAUCUGCCCCCUAAACACACUCACACAGACUGUCAAUCAGUAACCGUCAACCAAACCCACCAAUGAAGUUCUGCCACACCGUCGACCAAAUGUCUAAUCCAAUAUAUUUUUUAAUUGUAUAUUUAUUGUUGGUGCUUUUUAUUAUUAGUGUAUGUACGGACCUUGUUCAUGCUGGAAAAUACUAGUAAACUUAUACUACUCUCUACUGCAUGAAAACAAUGUAUGGGUGAAUCUCAUGAAAACAUGUACAGGUCAUGCUUCAAAAUUAAAAGAAAAAUUAUGAACGAUAAAAAUCAAAGACCAUUAACAUUUUUUUGCGUUUUCAUGUCAUUUUAACCACUAUUGCUCAAAGUAGACUUUUUUUCUUUAGAGUUUUUAUGUAAUUCUCAAUGAUUAAAAAAAAUUAUAGCAGUACAGUGACUUGUCACCUCAAAAUCAAAAGAAAAAUGACUAUUUUAGGACCUUUUUGUUAUUUUUGCAUUUCCGUGACAUUUUAUCCACAAAUGCACACAUUUUGAGUUUGUUAUUUUUGAUGAUUCCUGUUUUAAGCUGAGGUGAAAUGCAAUAUGUGACCCUGGAUGACAAAACCAGUCUUAAGUGUCAAUUUUUUCGAAAUUGAGAUUUAUACAUUUAUACAUAUUUUCCAUUGACGUAUGGUUUGUUAGGAUCUGACAAUAUUUGGCCGAGAUACAACAAUAUGAAUAUCUGGAAUCUGAGGGUGCAAAAAAAUCUAAAUAUUGAGAAAAUUGCCUUUAAAGUUGUCCAAAUGAAGUUCUUAGCAAUGCAUAUUACUAAUCAAAAAGUAAGUUUUGAUACAUUUACGGUAAGAAAUUUACAAAAUAUCUUCAUGGAACAUGAUCUUUACUGAAUAUCCUAAUGAUUUUUGGCAUAAAAGAAAAAUCGACAAUUUUGACCCAUACAAUGUAUUUUUGACUAUUGCUACAAAUAUACCCCAGCGACUUAAGACUGGUUUUGUGGUCCAGGGUCACAUAUGUAUAGUGCAAAAAUAAAAAUUGAAGCAGUGUAGUGGUUCAAUGUGACCAGUACAUGUUGACAGGUGAGAUUCGCCCGUGUCCAUAAGACAGAGUGAGCAGAGUGAAUGGUUUCUGGGGUUUGAUGUAUGAUUGCAUCUGUGACGGUGGUUUUUGAAAGAAACAAAUGUAAAUAAUGUGCUAAAUUCAGUUGCAUCAUGCAUGUUCCGAAGCUGAUCGUUAUGUCGAAUGAAUGACGCGAGAACAGUACAUUUAUCAGCUGGAUUCAUGCACGUCUUUUUUUAUUUGUAUGAAGGGCAUUUAGAGACUUUGAUCUUACAGUAUGUGGUUUAAUCACAAUAGAGACGCUUUAAAAAGACACACAGAUGAGAUUUAAUCAGUUUAAUCGGAUACCAAGAGUAGGAAAUAAAAUUAAAUGUAAUAUUAAACCAGAAGUACAACCUCUUAGUAUUAUCCUCUGCUAGUUUCUCCAAAUGUUAUUUAUAUAUAAAAAAAAACAAAUCACUGUAUUGUAAAUUUCAGAAAUAAAGUGACUACUAAAAAGA